AUAAACCCCUAAGUUAUGCUUAAGCUAAUCUGGAGUAUUGUGUUUCUGGGGCUGCUGGUGGGCCUGACAGCACUCCUAUAUCCAAUGAACUUUUCGGACCGGCUAAUUAAUUGCGUGAAACCUAUGGAGUAUGGUCACUGCAAUGAUAAACAGUCGUUAUGGUAUUACGACUCCAAAUCGAAGUCCUGCAAACCGUUUACCUACAGCGGCUGCGGUGGAAAUAAUAAUAGAUUCUUGCGAAAAGGCGGAUGCCAGGACUACUGCAUGAAUCCGGACUACCCUGAGAUCGAAUAAAUUGAUGGAUGAGGGAUAAUAUCUUUUGAGCUGAUUCAGCCUCAGGUGAAAAAGGAUGGAGUUAUACAUAUAAUCUUAUGUAAUAUAACUAUUUACGAAAUACAUACAAUAUCGAAACAAGUGUUUAACGUUUAAGAGAAAA